AUGCAAGGCUUCUUGCUACUUAGCGAAUAUGAGGUGACGCAGGGAAAUGAUCGCCCAGGGUGGAUGUACUGUGGUAUUGCUUGUCGAAUGUUGUCCGACCUUGGUCUACAUGAACUUGCAGACAUCAAUCAUGUCGCUCUUGAAGGGACGGACAAUGAGGCGACCAGAGAGAGUGCCUUGGCAUAUGCUCUCGUUGCUGCGUGUAUCGUAUACGAAGGCGUGUGGACUCUGUACCUGGGCCGGCCGAGCUCUAUCCCCAAAUCGAUCAUAAGCAUUGCCGCCGCCCGGUGCAAGUCCCACCAGAAGUCAGACUCACCACUUCUCAACGCCUGGCUUGGUCUUUGUGUGCCUAUGUCCGAGAUAUCCCACAUCCUCAACAAUCAGUAUGUGGGCGACUUCGAUGCCUCUUCUUCUCUCCCCAACCUCAUUGCCCAGAUGCAAGACUGGUACAACACUCUCCCACCCGAGCUGGUUUACGUUGAGAGCCGCCUGACGAAUCUGGACAUGGCUGGGUAUGGCCUACACACCCAGUACUGCAAAGUACAGAUCCUCUUGAGGCAGGCCCUUGCUAGAUGUCCAAAUCCUCGGAAACGGAGAUACUCGCAGAUAUCGGGAGACAGCAUCCCUGGCAUGAUGUCUGAAGAUUCCAGCCGUGCGAUUUACCAGGAGGCGCUCCGCAUCGCUCGCCUAGUGGUAACCUAUAGAGAGGUAUUCGGGGUGGAGAAGAUACCUUCGAUUAUGCUGGACAAUGCUGUCGUGGCAGCCACGACCUUAAUCCACCAUUUCAACCAAGUUUCGAGCUCCCAUGAUGUGCAGCAGCGCGACGCUGUUUGGGUUCGCUCCCUGAUCAAAAGCCUGGAAGCGGUUCAGCCCCAUUUCCCCAUCACAAAGCGUAUGCUUGAUGCGCUGAAGCAUAUCAGUGCGGAGGGCUCGCUGGUCGACUUCUUCCAUUCUCCCGCCGCGGGAGGUCCAGCAAUUCCUGCCCCUGGGCUAUCUUCAGGCUGUGAGUCCUACAUACGCGGGCCCGACUCAAAUGCAGUCCUCAACAAGCCUGACGCCGUUUGGGCAUCGUUUGGGGUUGAUUUAGCCCCGACGACCUUCUUCUGGGGCGGUCUCGACAACAUCUUCUCGGACGUGCCUCCCUCUGGAGAUCCCUUGUUGAAUCCGCCACAUAUGACCCUUUCCUAA